AUGGCUGGCCCCGGGAUCCAGCCCCAUGUUCCUCGCAUCUACAGAUUUACCGCCACUGCUCUCGGCGCAAGCAUGUGGUUCUUCUUGAUGUACAGAGCGAAGAAGGACGGACCGGCUCUGAUGGGCUGGAAGCACCCAUGGGACCACUAG